GGUUACAUAACACAGCACAGCACUCCCGUCCUGAAAAUGCUGUCAGAGUUCAGUGCAAAACUGAGAUUACCACAAGUUGCGUGAGCAAGAGAGAGCCAUGGGCUACCUUCCUUUCUUCUCUCUAGAAACAUGGAUUCUACUGAUCACAUUUAUCUGCAUAUUUGUUAUGUAUGGCAACUGGACUUACAGGACAUUUGAGAAGUUGGGGAUCCCUGGUCCCAAGCCAGUGAUGUACUGGGGCACACUUGGCAGGCAAAACCCUGUUUACUACUUAGCUGACAACGAGUGUGCUCAAAAGUAUGGGAGGAUAUGGGGCAUGUAUGAGUUAAAGCUGCCCAUGCUGGCUGUGAUGGACCCUGAAAUGUUGAAAACCAUCCUGGUCAAGGAGUGCUUCACUUACUUUACCAACCGGAGGAACUUACGUCUAAAUGGGGACCUCUAUGACGCCGUGUCUAUUGCUGAGGAUGAUCAAUGGAGACGGAUUCGUAACAUCCUCUCUCCUUCCUUCACCUCCGGCCGUAUAAAAGAGAUGUUUACCAUCAUGAAACAUCAUUCCCACAAACUGACAACCUGCCUGCAGUCCAAAGUGCGCAAUGGUGAAGUUGUUAAUAUAAAAGACUUCUUCGGACCCUACAGUAUGGAUGUGAUGGUGAGCUGUGCAUUCAGUGUGGAUAUGGACACAAUCAGCAACCCCUCAUGUCCCCUCAUAACCCACGCCUCCAAGCUGUUCAGAUUCUCCUUGCCUCUUUUUAUUUUCCAAGGGUGUUUUCCCUUCUUUCUUCCUCUCUUGGAGCUGUUGGGUGUCUCCUUCUUCCGUAAGACUUCUACUGCUUUCUUUAAAACGGUUGUGGAGAAGAUGAGAGCAGGACGCAAUGGGAACUCACGGCAGAAUUCAGGAGAUAUUCUUCAACAUAUGAUCAACUCUCAGACUACCAAUGAACCCAAGAACAAAAAGCAGAACAAAGGUCUUACUGAUCAUGAGAUUGUCUCUCAGAUAACAAUGCUUGCGUUUGCUGGUUAUGAGACGAGUGCCCUCACUCUAGUUUUCUUGGCCUACAAUUUGGCAAGAAAUCCUGAAGUCAUGAAACGCCUCCAAGAGGAGAUAGACUCCACUUUCCCUAAUAAGGGUCCGAUCGAAUAUGAAGCUCUCGUGCAGAUGGAGUACCUAGACUGUGUUUUGUGUGAGUGUCUGAGGCUUUACCCUCCAGCUGCUCGUCUGGAACGAACAGCCAAAGAAACUGUCAGGAUCAACAGAAUCACAAUCCCAAAGGACAUGGUUGUUAUGGUUCCAGUCUACGCUCUGCACCGCGACCCCGAGCUGUGGCCGGAGCCAGAAGAGUUCAAACCUGAAAGGUUUAGUAAGGAGAACAAGCAGAACAUCAACCCAUACACUUACCUGCCAUUUGGGUUUGGGCCAAGGAACUGUAUAGGGAUGAGAUUUGCUCUGGUGAUGGUUAAACUGGCCUUGGUAGAGGUUUUGCAGAACUACAGCUUCUCAGUCUGUGCGGAGACGGAGAUCCCUCUUAAGAUGGAUGCCGAAGGCCUUGUUGGACCCCUAAACCCAAUCAAACUGAAGCUGGUGACGCGUUCAAUCAAAGGCAACUAGUACCCAGAGAGAGGCGUCCCUCAAGGCUGAACUAUCCUGUAAACUGAACUGUAACUGAAAUUGCUACUUAAAGUCGACUACUACAGUCUCCAGUCUGUAUGAUUAGUUUAUCACUAUGUCUGUUCUGAUUCAGAUCAGAUGACAAUCGAUCAUGUUGAGUUUUGGAGAACCUGACUGGAACUUACAGUACAUGUGUAUUAUGUUCAUGAAUUAUAGCAAUUUAUGUAACACUCAUAAAUAACCUUUCUGGUAAUGAUCUAAAUAUGUUAUCUACUCAAUCUGUUGACAAUUAGAUUAAUCUAAUUGCCAGAAGACACAAGGACAACAUUCAUGAAUAUUUCUUCUGUUAUAUCUAAAUUGUUAAAAUGAUUGCAUACAUUACAUUUAGGCAUAAUCAAUAAACUGUGGUUAAAAAAAAUAAAAUACUGCAAACUGGUGGUACUUCCAGAGGCAAAACAAGUAGA